AUGCUUUCUGUGUGGAAAAGUUUUGGCAAACGCCAGUAUGAAACCGGCAAAAUUGAUAGAGCAUCUCAAAUCUCUUCAUCCGAAAAUGCAUCUAAAGAUCUAGAAUUUUUUACGAAGAAGAAAGCCCAGUUUUCGAAAUCUGGAACAUUAACCAAACUUGGAUUUGGUAUUUCACAAAAACCUUUGGUUGAGGCAUCUUUCAGAGUUGCAUAUCGUAUUGCCAAAAGUAAGAAACCGCACCAUACUAUUGGAGAGACAUUAAUUAAGCCAUGUGCGCUGGAAAUGGUUGAAUUAGUUUGUGGACUGGAACAGAGAAAAAAACUUGAGGCUAUUCCAUUGUCCAAGGAUGUGAUACAUUCAAGAAUAGUUGAAAUUUCUUGCAAUAUCUUGAAACAGAUCAUCGAUGAAUUGAAAGCAUCGCCAUUUCCCUUUAGUAUGCAACUGGAUGAAACUACAGACAUCUCGAAUUGUAGUCAACUUCUUGUUUUUGUUCGUUACGUGUCUGCUGAUACUAUCAAAGAAGAAUUCUUAUUUUGUGAGCCUCUUUUGCAAACUACAAAGGCAGUUGAUGUUUUAACGAUUUUAAAUGUCUUCUUUUCCAAACACGACUUUGACUGGAAAAAAAAAACUUCAUUCACUUUGUACGGAUGUAGCACCUGCGAUGCUUGGCAAUAA